AUGCCCGUGGCCGAGACCCCCCAAGCGGCUGGCGGGCAGGGCGAUGGAGGUGAUGGCGAAGAGGCAGAGCCGGAGGGGAUGUUUAAGGCCCCCGAGGACUCCAAGAGAAAAGUCCGCGACUACCUCCGCCUGGCUCCCCUGUGGCUGGCCCUGGUUGUGUUGGUUUCAGUGGGGGUCCUGCUCUGGUAUUUCCUAGGGUACAAGGCGGAGGUGACGGUCAGUCAGGUGUACUCAGGCAGCCUCCGCGUGCUCAAUCGCCACUUCUCCCACGACCUUGCCCGCCGGGAGUCCAGCGCCUUCCGCAGUGAGACCACCAAAGCUCAAAUGAUGCUCAAGGAGCUCAUUGCCAGCACCUGCCUGGGUACUUACUACAACUCUAGCUCCGUCUACUCCUUUGGGGAGGGACCGCUCACCUGUUUCUUCUGGUUCAUCCUCCAAAUCCCCGAGCACCGCCGGCCGAUGCUGAGCCCCGAGGUGGUGCGGGCCCUGCUGGUGGAGGAGCUGCUGUCCACGGCCAACAGCUCGGUCCCUGCUCCCUACAGGGCCGAGUAUGAGGUGGACCCCGAGGGCCUGGUGAUCCUGGAAGCCAGUGUGAAAGACAUAGUUGCACUGAAUUCCACGCUGGGCUGCUACCGCUACAGCUACGUGGGCCAGGGCCAGGUCCUCCGGCUGAAGGGGCCCGACCCCCUGGCCUCCAGCUGCCUGUGGCACCUGCAGGGCCCCGAGGAUCUCAUGCUCAAACUCCGGCUCGAGUGGAUGCUGGCUGACUGCCGGGACCGGCUGGCCAUGUAUGAUGUGGCUGGGCCCCUCGAGAGGAGGCUUAUCACCUCGGUCUAUGGCUGCAGUCGCCAGGAGCCCGUGGUGGAGGUCCUGGCAUCGGGUGCCAUCAUGGCGGUGGUCUGGAAGAAGGGCCUGCACAGCUACUAUGACCCCUUCGUGCUCUCCGUGCAGCCCGUGGCCUUCCAGGCCUGUGAGGUGAAUCUGACCCUGGAAGGCCGGCUGGAGCUGCAGGGCGUCCUCAGCACGCCAUACUUCCCCAGCUACUACUCACCCAGCACCCACUGCUCCUGGCGCCUCACGGUGCCCUCCCUGGACUACGGCUUGGCCCUCUGGUUUGAUGCUUACACUUUGCGGAGGCAGAAAUACGACCUGCCGUGCACCCAGGGCCGGUGGACCAUCCAGAACCGGAGGUACCCUCCUGGAACCCCCUUCCUGUCCCUGCAGCCUACCCCCAAAGCCGGGCCUUACCUCUUUGUGCUGGGACAGACGGACCUUCUGCUGGAGUCUCCAGGCGGCAGCCAGCCAGCUUCUCAGUCUUCCUAUUUAUGCUGA